AUGGCGGGAAGUGAUUUGGGAGCGCUGGGUCUGGAAGUUUCUUCGCCCGUGUGGGUUCGUGUCGACGGAGAUGAGGUCUGGAAAGGCGGCGUUGUGAAGGGCCUUGAUGAUGAGGGCGACCUCAUUGUCGAGGUUCGAGGUCCGGGCGCCCGGCCGCGCUGGGAGGAGGUGGUGGUCAGUAUCGAGCAGCAGCCGCCUGAGUUCUGCAAGAGAAACCCCGAGCUGCUCAAGGCUGAUCGGGCCGCGGCGGUCGAUGACCUGAGCUUGCUGUCUCUGUUGAAUGAGCCAGAGUUGCUCCACGCCAUCGAGAGCCGCUUCGCCCGGGAUGUCAUCUACACCAACACUGGCCCGGUGCUGCUGGCCGUGAAUCCCUUUCGAUCGCUGCCUCGGCUCUACGACUCGCACUCCCUGAACCACUUCCUCUUGACCGAGGAUACGGAUGAGCGCUUGCCGCCACACGUCUACAGGACCUCGUGGCAGGCCUACCAGUUUAUCAAGACCACCGGCGCCCCGCAGACGAUCCUCGUCUCUGGGGAGAGCGGGUCCGGCAAGACGGAGACCACGAAGUUCGUGAUGCGCUACCUGGCCCUCGCUGGCUCUGGAGGCUCUGAGGCCGCGCUGUCCGUGGUGGAGCGCCAGGCGGAAGCCUCUCUCUACCAGCAGAAGACCCCCUGGAAUUUUCGGAAGCCCCAGCCCCACGCCCCGUAA